UGGCUCUGCGAACCAUUAACGAGUAAAUUGGUAUAAAUUUUGCUUUUCCACGGCUGGUCACACUAGUUUUCUGUAUCCCCCCACUUCAAAGUUUCCUUCCACUACUUUGUAAAUAGAUCCGGUCUGUUCUGUUCGUGUAGAUAAAUUAUAUUUUAUUUAUUUAUUCUGUUGUGUAGAUACAUUAAGUAAUACGACGGUAGAUUAAAGUGCACUAAGAUAAACAAAACAAUAUUAUUUACAGCGCGUGUGUGAGACAAUAAUGUCUGGAUACGGGAAAUUCGGUCCGCUAGUUGGUGCCAUUGACGAGGGCACUUCAAGUGCGCGGUUUAUUAUUUUUAAAGCGAACUCGUCGGAAGUUAUAGCGUCUCACCAGAAGGAGCUGGAACAGCACUUUCCUCAAGAAGGUUGGGUGGAACAAGACCCCUUGGCAAUUUUAGAAGUUGUUACGACAUGCAUUCAGAAGGCUGUGGAGAAAUUAGAAUCAGUGGGAGGUUCAGCUAAGGACAUAAUAUCAGUUGGUGUAACAAACCAGAGAGAGACAACCAUAGUUUGGGACCGGAACACAGGAAAACCGCUACACAAUGCAAUAGUCUGGCUGGACAUGAGGACAUCAUCUACCAUAGAUAAACUUCUAGACACUGUGCCAAACAAAACAAGAAACAAAAACUAUUUGAAGCCUUUGUGUGGGUUGCCUUUGUCACCAUACUUCAGCGCAGUAAAAUUAAGAUGGCUGAGCGACAAUGUGGACUCUGUGAAGAAUGCCAUGAAGAAAGGCACAUGCUGUUUUGGUACAGUCGACACUUGGAUCAUAUGGAAUUUAACAGGUGGUCCUAAUGGCGGGAAACACGUGACUGACGUCACCAACGCGUCUAGAACUAUGAUGAUGAACAUCGAGAAUCUAAAUUGGGAUCCACUAUUACUAAAGUUUUUUGAAGUACCAAAAUCAGUGCUGCCAGAAAUAAAAUCAAGUUCUGAGAUUUAUGGCUACAUAGCUGACGGCCCUAUAAAAGGAGUACCAGUAGCCGGUUGUCUCGGAGACCAACAGGCAGCAUUAGUCGGUCAAAUGUGUUUGCAAAAGGGUCAAGCGAAAGCGACAUAUGGUACUGGUUGUUUUGUACUAUACAAUACGGGUGAUAUUCGCGUGAACUCUAUCAGAGGGCUACUGACAACUGUCGCCUAUCAGCUCGGCAGCAACAACCCACCAUUUUAUGCUCUUGAAGGCUCGGUUGCUGUUGCUGGCGCUGCCUUAGGUUGGUUGAGAGAUAACAUCGGUUUGUUAGAAAGUGCUAAAGACUCUCAAGCGAUCGCAGAGAAAGCAACCGAUAAUGGGAGUGUUGUCUUUGUACCGGCUUUCAGUGGUUUAUAUGCACCGUAUUGGCGUCAGGAUGCUAGGGGUGUGAUAUGUGGAAUCUCUGAAGAUACAAACUCGAACCACAUAGUGAAGGCAGCUUUAGAGGCUGUAUGCUUCCAAGUGAGAGAUAUUUUGGACGCCAUGGAUGAAGAUUGCGGUAUACCUCUGCAACUACUCAAGGUCGACGGAGGUAUGACAUCCAACGCUUUAGUCAUGCAAAUGCAAGCUGAUUUAAUUGGGAUUAACGUAAUUAGGGCCGGCUUCACAGAGAGUACUGCUCUAGGCGCCGCACUUGUUGCCUACUGGGGGGUAGAGCCUUCUAAACAAGGUUCUGCUAUACCCAUGACCACAGGAACAACUUACACACCCCUAAUCACAGAUGAUGAACGAGACCUGAGGUACAAACAAUGGAAGAUGGCCGUCGACCGGUCCUUGGGGUGGGAACAAAAUUGACAAACGUACCUUCAUACACCAAGUUGCCUUGUUCGAAGAAUUUGAUGUUCAUUGGAGGCAAUAAUAUAUUUUUAUUUAUUUAUUAACAUAAGUAAGAUUUUCUAACGUUUGUGCCCUACACAAGCAACAGUGCAAUAGUAAAAUAUACCAAGAGUGCUUUUUACAUAAAUUGGAUAUUUAGACGUAGUUUUAAGAUGUUAAAGACAAUAGAUGAAUCUUUAUGACGUACAUAUACCUCGUUCAAGUUAGUUAAUAGAAUUGAUCUUUUCUAUAUUUACAUACAUAUUAACAUAGUGAAAAUUAUAUACCUAAUUGUUAUAAUUUAGUUGUUGAAAUAGUAUCUGCAUCUUUAAUGUCGUUUUGAAUGUAUUCAAUAUCAUCAAAAAGUUCUUUUUAGAGAAUUGAUAAGUUCAUACGCACGAAUACGUCUUUCAUUUUUAGUGAAGAACGUCUGAACGAAAAGAGAUAGAUUAUUGUUUGUAUGUUCCACAUUUCUGUGCCUUAUGAAUUAUAACUGAGGGUUUGUUGCAAUAGUAUUUUAUAAUCAUAUAAAUAGCUUGUUGCUUUGUUAAAAUAAUGGUUGAAUAUUGAAAACUGAAAUGUUAAUCGACGAUGUUCGGUAGAAGUUGUCGUUCUAAUUUAUCCUAUAUUUAUCACUUAAAUGUGAAAAAUAGAUACAUAUUUACGUACAUUUUAAAGUUGAUUUUAGUUUUUCGGGCUACUAUUGUUCCCACUUUGCUUUUUAGUAUUUUCUUAAUUUUCUUGGUGCUUAUUAAAACCUGCUUGGUGAUUAGUGAAUAUUAACGAAAUCGUUGAAUGGUUUUGAACUAAUCAGUUGUCAAUUACUUAUAACUCUUGUUGUCUUGAGUGAUUGUUAAAAAUUGUUGUUUUGUUACACGCAAAUAAAUGUUUAUAAUAAAUUCUCGAUUGUAAUACAGUAAGUUACGUAAUUUGAAAUUCUGAAUUCCCCACUUUGGGAUAACAACUAAAGCGUUAAUGAAAAAAGAGUUCUUAUCUAUUUUAUUUAACUUGUUCGUUUAUUAGCUAUUAUUAUUAUCUAUAUCUGCUUGCCAUCUAGAUAAAAUUUACUUAUCUGGACUUUUAAUGGGUCUAAUUAUAGUUUUUAUGGUUAGACGAGAAGCUAAUCGCCAUUUUUUAUUAUAUCCAGGUUAAUAAAAUUUUCCGGUUCUUUACAAAUUAUGUCAUUGUCGCUAGACAAGUCUCGAUAUACGAUAUAGUGUUUUUUUACUAUUUUGGUCAAUUCCGUUGCGGAUUCCAAGACAGGCAAUUGUUUACCCUGGCGCACUUUUUGUGUUUUGGUGGUAUAAGCUGGGUACAUUGGAAGUAGAUGGUUCAUAGAGUUGCAACGUGUGUGCCAGCCUUUUCGUUAGAUUAUUAUUUAAAAAUUAAUUUCACUUAAUAUAAUUCUGCAGUUUUUUUAUGACCACUUCCCCGUUAUCAAAAAAGAUAUACAUACAAAUAGAUUUAUUAAGAAAUUAGUGGUUUAUAUUCAGCGUUAACAUCUUAUAAAGGAUUUAGACUAUUUCAAAGUUUGAUAUUCUAACUUGUCGAUAAGAUAAUUAAAGCAAUAUUGAAUGCCUUGUAAAUUUGAUCCUAUAAAUUUAAUAUAUUAAGUAACAUUAAAGAAAGACAACGAAAUAAAAGACAAUCAUUAUAAUAAUUAUACACAUAUCUACAUCAUAAUUAAUUAGAUAGAAAAAUGAGUGUUGUACCCAUAUACAAAUACAUAUACAGAAUGUUAUUUUAUUCAAGAAAUAUUUUGAAAUAGAAACACAGAUAAUAAUAUAUGUAUAUCUACAGUGCAUCUUAUUUAUACAAUAAGUAGUGCAAAUGUAUAUGAUUAUAAUUGUUUUUUGUUUGCUCUAAAAUAUAUCUGUAAAACUAGUUUAUAUAAUGCGAUAUAAUAUGUAUACAAUUUUAGUCGGUUUCGGUAGUUUGUGCAAUAUUAUAGACCAUUUGGAUCUAAUCAUAUUGUACAAUGUUAUUAUAGUUCUAGGGGCCACUUUAGCAUAAAUUAUAAGUAUCGUUUUAAAUGCUAUUUUGUUUGUUAAAUGUAUAUAUUAGGAAAAGUUGUUUGUUUUAUUGAAAUAAUUAAAUAAAUCUUUAUUUGUCGGCCUUGUGUCGUUUGACGUACAUUUUAUGGCAUAGGUAUAUACAUUCCAUGCUUGAACGUUUAAUUUAAUACGUACGAGUUCUGCAAUCUGUGAUCGAAACGAAAUAUAAUCAGCGCUAAUUAGUCUCGUAACCUACUAAUUGUUUCUUUUAAUUUUAUGGCUAUGAAAUUAAUACUCCUUCGUUUAAUUUAUUGCCAGACCUACAUGUUUGAAAUGUUGUUUUGAAUGUAGAUCUGCGUUUUAAAAAUAUUGUUUAAAUACUAUUUGGAAUAACUGUUUUGAUUGUCCUUAUAUCUGUUAAUACAGUAAUUACUCGUUUAGUUUUGUCGUACUAAUUUCUCUUUGUUUAUUCAUACAUACGUAUGCGAAUAAUUUAAAGGUUUUUUUUUGUUUGAUUCAGGAUUUCAAGUCAGAGGUACUAAAUUUAUGUUAUGUGUAUAUUAAAUGUUUUUCGACAUAUGAAUCGAGAAAAAUUGUAACAGUCAAUUUAUAAGUACUGGAACACAGGCCGGCUUUAUUGGUGUAGGUACAGUAAGUUCCAAAAAUCCAUGCAAAUUAAAAAAAAUCGUUUU